AUGGCUGAAAAGAACCCACUUAUCGAGGCCUUGCCUCCUGCUACCGACUACCUCAGCUAUCUUACCAUCAUCGAAUACAACCUCAAUCCGGAAGCUCUGCCAACACUUCAUCAAGUACUCCAAGACACCAAGUUGACCACUAACAUCGGAUGGGAUCUCGUCCAUCUGCUUGUGCCCCUGCUGCCAAACUCGAAUGAGUGCCUCCAGGAUAUUGCGCGCCUAGGAAACCCCCGUGAAGUCAUUCUGAAGGUCACGGAGUCACUGCGUUUGAUCGACUUCCAAGGUCUGGAGCCAGACACGGACGAUGAUGAGCCUAUCGCUGGUGAAGAGACAACCCCAGCUUACCACCCUGCUAAGACUGCGCCUGUCCAAGGCAAUGACGGCAAGACUACUCAAGCAGUUGAGACUCCGGCACCUUUACCCCUCCCUGUGCUGCAGUUCACCAGCUUGUUGUCAAUGCUGUCAAUCUUGCACACUCGCAUAAAGACACAAUAUCCCAGUCGCUUCUUAUCAACAUCACUCCAGGCUAUCUUGGCGUCUUUCAACAAUGCAGCAAAUCACAAGGAGGAGUUGAUCUCAGCCAUCGUACAGUUUGUAAAGAGUGUCUCUGGAACCAAGCGUCCCAAUCUUCCUCCUCGUAAAAGCAGCACCCAGAUCCUGAGCACAAAUAUUCGAGCUUCUGCACCUGACCCAGAGUCUGACACAACCGCAAAGUUGCCAUCAGCAAGUGAGGCCGAUAUACAGAAGCGUCUCGUUCAAUCAUUCAUUACCCACGUCUUCGAGGACUACAUGCUCUCCUUGACUUCAGACAAUGAUGCGCCCGGUCUGGCCUGGUGUAGCCGCUUACAAGAAAAGUUACACCCUGAACGUACCGUCCCUGGAAAGCCUUCGAUGACUGACAAGUUUAUCUUGGAUGAAGAGCUUGCAGCUCGCUUGACUGCUGUUGGUGGCCUGGUUGCUUUGGCUCGCGAUCUUGGUAUGGAGAGAAAGGAUCUUCUACCUGCCAUGGAGGGUACCAAUCCAGGCUCAUCGCUUCUUCNNCCUGACAACGAAGAUGAGUUCCCCCAGACUGCGACCGACAUUCCUCUGUCAAAGGUCGGCUCACUCUUCAUGUUUGCUGCUGCGAAUGUGGCCACCGUUUUAUAUUCUACACCAAAGCCUAAGGAUAUGUUCAGCAUCUUCCCUGAACAUCAANAAGUUCUUCGCAACUACAUCGCGAGCUCUUCUGACAUGGGAGCAACUAUUGGUACAGAACCCGAGGCUGUACUCGACGCUGUUCUGGCUCUUGCCAUACUCGCGAUCGAGGAGGACCACGUUGGUGAACCUGCAGACAGCGAAGAGUUCAAUCAGUACCUCCAAUAUCUCUCUCUGGUCUCUUCAAAUUCUCCUUCUCCCAGCAUUCGCUACCAUGCAUUCUAUCUGGCGUCCACCAUCUUGCGAUCAAACCCCUCCGAUGUCGAAAGACUUGCUUUCAUCAAGGACACGCUCGAGCAUUGCCCCUUCGACAAUCUCAAGGUUGCAGCGAUCAGCUGGGUCAAGGGCGAGACUAUUGAAGCCAACCCUCCCACUCCUAUCUCCUCGCACAAAUCUGAGCAGCAAGAGCCAGUCCAGGAUGCCGGAGAUGAUGGUUCUGUCUUCGCAACACCGGUAGCAUUGGACAGCUUGGCCCCAUAUCUGUUCCCGGAUCUCACUCACGACCUUACGACAAAAAGUAUUACUGAAUCAUGGCUCGUCUUCCAGCAGAGCUUGCACUUCUACCUGGCAUCACUCAACUUCUAUUACUUGCUCCUGUCUGCACAGCAUCUCCACAAGCCUUUGGCUAUUGGCGACCUGCAUUCCAACAAUGAUGUGGCAGGAUCAUUCUUGCAGCCUCUGAGAGCCGCAUCGACUCGUUUCCNNAAGGAGGGCAAGGCAAACGGUGAGUUGGCUAGUGUCUGGGAGGACACAGGUGAUGACGAUGCUCACAUGGCUGAACUUGGUUUGCUUGAUAUGACUCUGGAGAAGGUCACGGCUGGUGUUGCACGUCUGAAUCAGGUUCAAGCAUAG